GACUGAGGAGGGAGCGGCUGUGCUUCCCGCUCCUUCCCCGCGGGCCUCGCUCGGGAGCGGAGGGUGCCGGGCCAUUCCGGAACGGCGAGGUGUGCCGGGUGUUGCCCGCGGCCAGGCGCGCGGGGCUCCGAGCUGUCGCUGUAGGUGGUGGAAAUCGAGUGACUUCCUACCCUCCAAGCCAUGGCACUGCCCUUCCGGAAGGACCUAGGGGAGUACAAGGACCUGGAUGAGGAUGAGCUCCUUGGCAACCUGUCGGAAACUGAGCUCAAACAGCUGGAGACUGUCCUGGACGACCUUGACCCUGAGAAUGCCCUUCUGCCCGCAGGGUUCCGGCAGAAGAACCAGACAUCAAAGUCCGCCACGGGACCCUUUGACAGAGAGCGUCUCCUUUCUUACCUAGAGAAGGAAGCGUUGGAGCAUAAGGACCGGGAAGACUAUGUGCCCUACACGGGGGAGAAGAAAGGGAAAAUUUUUAUCCCCAAACAGAAGCCGGUGCAGACAUUUGCAGAAGAAACUAUAUCCCUUGAUCCAGAAUUAGAGGAAGCUUUGACAAGUGCUUCCGACACAGAGCUGUGUGACCUUGCAGCUAUUCUCGGGAUGCACAAUCUGAUCACAAGCACGCAGCUCUGUGAGGUGGUGGGGAGCAGCAACGGCGUGGACCACGGCCAUUUUUCAAAUGUGGUGAAAGGUGAAAAGAUUCUCCCAGUGUUCGAUGAGCCACCGAACCCAACCAACGUUGACGAGAGUUUAAAAAGAAUUAAAGAAAAUGAUGCCCAACUUGUUGAAGUUAAUUUGAAUAAUAUAAAAAAUAUCCCAAUUCCAACUCUAAAAGAUUUUGCAAAGACUUUGGAAAGCAACACAUGCGUGAAACAUUUCAGUCUUGCAGCCACCAGGAGCAAUGACCCCGUGGCCGUGGCUUUUGCAGAUAUGUUGAAAGUGAACAAAACUUUGAAGAGCUUAAACAUGGAGUCCAAUUUCAUCACAGGCGCCGGGGUGUUAGCACUGAUAGAUGCCCUGAGAGAUAACGAGACCCUGACAGAGCUCAAGAUUGACAAUCAGAGACAGCAGCUGGGCACCGCUGUAGAAUUAGAAAUGGCCAAGAUGCUUGAGGAAAAUACAAAUAUCCUUAAAUUUGGGUAUCAGUUCACGCAGCAGGGACCGCGAACCAGGGCAGCCAAUGCUAUAACGAAAAACAAUGACUUAGUGCGCAAGAGACGAGUUGAAGGAGACCACCAGUAAGCGUGCCAUGGGCAGCCUUUGGAAGACUGCAGAUCACCGAGGCGCGUGCCGCAG